UUAGAGAUUCAGCGAAGCUGGCUAAGUGCGGACGUACUCAAUUAUUCAGUUAUUACAGUUUUGUUCCUUUCUUUUGUAUUCUUUAUAUUCAAUAUAUAUUUUCUUUGUUUACAAAGAAAUAUUUUUCUUUAAAUAAACAACCAUAACAGAUUAUGAGCCCGGACUAUCGCGUUUAGUGAAUACUAACAAUAAGUGAAUUACGAGAGGUAAAAGACGGUUACAAAGUCCAAGAUGGAAGUUACAAGCCUGAAAAUUGAGAACCUACGUGACAAAGAUAAUUGGCAUCAAUGGCGGUUCAUUGUUCGCAUUUUAUUGGAAAAUAUGUACGAUCUAUUCCCUGUCUACGAGGAAAGAUUAAUAAAACCUGCGGAUAGUGUACAGGAUCGGGAUGUGAAAUUUAAAAGUGAGAUCUAUUGUAAGGGGAAAUUAUUGAAAACCGUCCAAUUGAACGAGGUCUUUCCUGACAGCAAAACAUUCGUCGAUCUUCAUCAAUUACAGGAUCCAGAAGUGACCAUGGCCAAUUUCUACCGCCUGCUGAACGCAACGAAUAAUAAACCGACUCGAAUGCAGCUGACUCAAUACGUUAAUGAGAAUUUCGCGUCAUCGAACGAAUUGGUGAAUUGGACUCUGCCAGAUUGGACGGAGAAUCCUUCGAUUCUGAAACGUAUCCAGGAGCCGAAAUACCGAGAAUGGGCGAAGUAUCUGAAUGAAAUCUGGAAGGACUUGGCGAGGAAGAUGAGCGACGAUGUUGAAAUACAUCCAGAGAGACACAGUUUGAUUUACGUAAAGAAUGGGUUUAUUAUUCCUGGAGGUCGUUUUAAAGAAUUCUACUAUUGGGACAGUUACUGGGUGAUUGAAGGGCUCUUGUUAUCCGACAUGUAUCAAACUGCCAGAGGAAUGAUAGACAAUUUCGUGUACAUGGUGGAGAAAUAUGGGUUCAUACCCAACGGGGGUAGAAUUUAUUACCUUAUGAGGAGCCAACCGCCCCUGUUACAUCUCAUGGUUUCAAGGUACUUGGAUUUCACGGGAGAUUACAAAUACCUUGGCAUAAUUUUACCUACGCUGGAGAAAGAGUUCGCGUUUUGGCAGCAACAGAAAAUGAUAGAGGUUACAAAAGAUGGAAGGACCUACAAGAUGGGACACUACGUUGUCAAUAGCGCCAGACCACGACCAGAAAGUUACAGAGAGGAUUACAAUAUGGCACAAGAACUGCCCGAGAAAGACCGGGAUUUCUUUUACAAUAACAUAAAAGCAGGCGCCGAAAGCGGGUGGGACUUUUCCAACAGGUGGUGUUUGACCAACAACAAAAACGCACCUCUCAGUUUACUGAACAUUAGCACGCAGUACAUUAUACCUGUCGACCUUAAUGCAAUCUUGCAGCAGAACGGACGCCUUCUCAGCGAAUUUCACUCUCUCCUGGGGAAUAGCGCGAAAGCUCAGUAUUACGCGAAAAUCGCGACAGAACUUCAGCUUGCCAUCGACAAUGUUCUGUGGAACGAAGACGAAGGGAUAUGGUUCGACUAUGACAUGAGUCAUAAGGUACCCAGAAAAACAUUUUACCCUUCGAAUCUUGCGCCAUUAUACACGAGAAGUUACAAUCGCAAUCAACGGGAAAAGUACGCAUUGAGUGUUGUAAAAUAUCUCAAAUUGCAGACCAUCGACAGUUUCUUUGGCGGCACACCCACGUCACUAAAUUACACGGGUGAACAAUGGGAUUUUCCAAACGCUUGGCCACCACUACAAUCGUUCAUUGUGAUGGGUCUUUACUGGACCGGAGUGAGAGAAGCGAUGGAGUUCGCCGAUGAAUUGGCAUCUAGAUGGCUUAGUUCUAAUUACGCUGGCUUUGUCGAAACCGGACAAAUGUUUGAAAAGUACGAUUCGAGUAUACCUGGUCAAGGAGGUGGCGGAGGGGAGUACAACGUUCAGACCGGUUUUGGAUGGACUAAUGGGGUAGUACUGGAAUUUCUUAACACCUUCUCUUCCCUUAGAGUUAAGGAACCGAGAAACAACAGCGAAUUGUACAUGGAGAUCGAACAAUAACUGGUUUCAUCGAUGACAAUGCAACGCGUAUAUUCCAAUGAAUCUAGUCUAUACGAAAAAAAAAAAAAAAAACCGGCAGCGCGUUUUACGAAACCCACCGUUUCUCCAACGCAACUCCACAUAUGCUUUCAAGAGAAUCUUGAUUCUCUUUGCCUUACAAAUUGUGAUCGAACAUUGUUAAUCUUGUUCAUGUUGAUAGUAGGUAUUUGUACUUACAGUUGAACGCACAAUGAUUUCUUGGGUACAAACAUUUGUCCAAUUUGAUCUUAGCAAAAAAACAAUAUUAUUUCUAUAUUUAAUGUUUCUUGAUAAUCUUACUGAUCUACAAUUAAUUCAUUACUAAUUUUCGUUAUAAUACGUACAGUAUUAAGCAAAGUGGCCUCCCUAAGGAAAUAACUAAAAAUUUUUAUUUUUACGAUAUUAAUAUUAAAAGUGAUUUAGAAAUAAAAUAAUAUCAUUUUUAAUGAUUAAAUAUUAGAAAAUUUAGUAUGUAAUUAAGAAAUAUGAAUAAUAAUAUCAAUUGCAAUUUAAAUUCUCCCGCGUAAAUGUUCAUACGCAAGUGGUGGGGGGCCACAAACCUAUAUAUAUGGGAUCUUCUCCCCUCCAUCGCCAUUCUCCAGGUGGCUACUGAUGGGCCUGGAAGGGGGGAUAUCGGCAUUUCCCUAGGGAAACCGACUAUGCUCGGUACUGUACAAUUAUUCAUAUAUCAAAUUUGCAGCUAAGUUGACAGGAAAUUUAUUCUAUUUAACAAAUCGUGUGAGGAUACCACAUUUUUAGCACAAUGAAAAGAUAUUUAUUCGCAUCGGAAUAGAAAUUUCGAAUGGUUACCGAUGUCAGUGACAUCAUAAUAAUGUUAUAUUAUUAUUUUUUGUUUUGUUUUUAGUCGAAUUCGACAAACGUGUAUGUCGCAUACACGCUAAUAACAAACACAAAGUAUGAUUGCGUGCAACUCGUCAGUAUUGUAAUUUAAUGCUAGCUGUAACGAUAAGUUAGAGUACUGUUAAAGAAAAAAUUCGUUUUGUUUGGUGUUUGAGAGAAGUAAAAGAACCUCCGAUAUUUUAAGCUUCGUGUAUUUCCAAAGAAUCGUUUUAUCGACAUUGCUAUGUACAGCUAUUGAAAAUGAUGAAUAAGUAUGGAAUAUAAUGAUGGUUUAUGAGAAAGGAAACGAUAUUUUAAUAUAUUAUUAAAUGAAACAUACAUUUAUAACAAAAGGUAUCGUGUGCAUGUAUGGAAAUAAAGGAAAGAUAUAAUUUAUCAUGAA